AUGGAGAGACCUGGCCUCGAUGAAAAACGCAGCAGAAGCCCAGGUCAUUCUUACACAGAGGAGGAGGAUCAUAGUCAUUUCGCAAGGUUUAGAAGCAGGCGUAGUCUUCCAUGGUACCAGAGUCGGGAGUUGCAGAUCGUUCUUGCUAUCACUGCGUUGGCAUUGAUAGUAAGACUUUGGGCCAUUGGCUACCCAACCUCGGUUGUCUUCGAUGAAGUUCAUUUUGGAGGAUUUGCAUCUAAAUACAUCAGGGGUCGCUUUUUCAUGGACGUGCAUCCACCACUGGCAAAGAUGUUGAUCGCAUUAACGGGCUGGCUCUUCGGACUGAAUCCCUCUUUUGAUUUUAAAGAGAUUGGAAUGGAUUAUAUCGAACCAAAGGUGCCAUAUAUUCCAAUGAGAGUAAUGUGUGGCCUCAUGGGCGUAGCAGUGGUCCCUAUUGCCUUUUAUACUGUCAGGAAUUCAGGUCAUUCUCUUCAUGCCUCCACUCUCGCUGCUCUCUUAGUUCUCUUUGAGAACAGCCUGGCCACACAGAGUCGAUUUAUCCUGCUGGAUUCCCCUUUGAUUCUCUUCACCGCCUUCACUGUCCUUGCCUGGGUCAAUUUUCACAAUCAACGUCACGAUCCCUUUUCCGAUGAUUGGUUUGUCUGGCUUUUCUUAACUGGCGUGGGGCUAGGGCUAUCAGGAAGUGUUAAAUGGGUCGGUCUCUUUAUCAUCGCUACCAUCGGAACAUCAACUAUCAAUCAGCUCUGGUUACUUUGGGGUGAUCUCAGAAUUCCCCCUCGUACUUGGUUGAACCACUUCUUGGCACGCGCAGUCUGCCUGAUUGUAGUACCCAUCAGUGUUUACAUGUUGAUGUUUGAGAUCCAUUUCUUGCUUCUUCAAUCGAGUGGCGAUGGCGAUGGAUUUAUGAGCGCACCCUUUCAGAUGACACUAGGUUAUUCACUAAAAGAUUCACCUCUCUCCGUAGCAUAUGGCGCAACUGUUACGAUCCGCCACCAGGGCACACAAGGAGGCUAUUUGCACUCUCAUACCUCCAACUACGAAACCGGAAGCAAGCAACAACAGAUUACUCUUUAUCCUCAUAAGGAUAAUAACAAUGACUGGAUCAUCCAAAAGCGAGAUGGGACAAUCCCUGAAAGCCUCGAAUACAUCAAGAAUGGGGACUAUGUCCGCUUACUCCAUGCCCAGACACAUAAGCGUCUCCACUCGCACGACCACAAGGCGCCUGUUACUGAGAAUGAGAAUCAUUUUGAAGUCAGUGGAUAUGGGUUCAAGGAUUUCCCUGGAGAUGCCAAUGAUGAAUGGCGCCUUGAGAUUGUAGGGUAUGAUGGUUCAGACGCCAAAGCAGGGGAAAACCUACACACAGUGCGAUCCAGGUUCAAGCUAGUCCAUGUCAAUAUGAAUUGCGAUCUUUUUUCGCAUAAAGUUAAACUCCCAAAGUGGGCUUUUGAGCAACAAGAAGUGACUUGUAUGCGUAGUGCUGUCUUAUCAAAAACAACUUGGAUAGUUGAGUCUAAUUCUUAUUCAGAGUAUCCCGAGGAUGCGCCUUUGGUGAACUAUAAGAAGCCUGGUUUCAUUGGCAAGUUCUUGGAACUAAAUAAAGUCAUGUGGACAACCAAUGCUGGAUUGACUGACUCGCAUCCAUACGAUUCUCGUCCUCACUCCUGGCCACUUUUAAAGCGUGGCAUCAGCUUUUGGGGAAAGAAUAACAAACAUGUUUACCUAAUCGGGAACUGGUUCACUUGGUAUCUGUCAACCGCCUCAAUUCUACUGUAUGUUCUCACUCGUGUUCUAUUGUUCGUUCGCGAUAAGCGCGGUUAUAAGGACGAUUUUAGAGGCCUCCGUGAAUAUUACGAAUUGUCUGGAGGAUUCUUCUUCAUGGCAUGGGCAUAUCAUUACCUCCCGUUCUUCCUGAUGGGCCGCCAGUUGUUUUUGCAUCAUUACCUGCCUGCCCUUUAUUUUGCAAUUUUACUCUUCAGCAUCACGUUCGAUCUCGCUUGCAGAUUCAUCCCUAAUCGGUUCCGUAUCAUUGCGCUUAUCUUAAUCGCCUCUAUUGCGAUCUCUGUAUUCCGUACGCGUGCACCAUUGGUGUAUGGUUCCGAAUGGACACAGUCCGAGUGUUUAUCAUCAAAAUUAUUAUCAACAUGGGAUUACGACUGUUAUCAGUAUCACGAUUCUUAUGAACAGUAUGCACUCCAUGCCUCCUAUUCCGCUUCUGCUUCCUCUGCUUCCUCUGCUUCUCCUGCUUCUGAUGCAUCUAUUUCCAAUACGGAUUCAAGCACUUGGGAGCAAGAAAAGACGCUCGAGGAUGACAAUUUGAUUGGUAAGCUUGCCCCAGCUGUGGAAGCUCUAGGUGUCAAAGUCGGCAAAGAUACUGUAGCUGAGCAUGAAAGUGGCAUCGAAGCUAGUAUGAAAGAUGCAGAAGUGGUGGCCAGGAAGCGGACUGAUGAAGAGCUUUUGAAAGAGAAGGGUGAAGCAAGCACAUCAGCAUAA